AAGCAAGGAGUUCACACAAAGUCUAACACAAAGCUACUAAACUUUGGGCAACCUCUGCUUCUUUCUAUACACUGUAGUUUCAUUACUUGUGUAGCUAAGAAGACAGUUGAAAUGCCGAUUCACCGGAUUGCAAUCGGAGCUCCGGCCGAGGCGAGCCACCCGGAUGCCCUCAAGGCCGCCCUUGCAGAGUUCUUUUCCAUGCUCAUUUUUGUCUUUGCUGGUCAAGGCUCUGGCAUGGCUUUCAGUAAGUUGACAGAUGGUGGAGCAGCAACUCCAGCAGGGUUGAUAGCAGCGGCGUUGGCCCACGCCUUGGCGCUUUUCGUGGCGGUGUCGGUUGGCGCCAACAUCUCCGGCGGCCAUGUGAACCCCGCCGUCACAUUCGGGGCAUUCUUGGGAGGCAACAUCACUCUUCUGAGGGGGAUCUUGUACUGGAUAGCUCAGCUGCUUGGAUCAGUUGUGGCUUGUCUCCUCCUGAAACUUGCCACUGGUGGACUGGAAACAUCAGCAUUCGCCUUGUCAUCCGGUGUAUCAGUCUGGAACGCGUUGAUAUUCGAGAUCGUGAUGACCUUUGGGCUGGUGUACACUGUCUACGCCACGGCUGUGGAUCCAAAGAAGGGGGAUUUGGGCACCAUUGCACCCAUUGCAAUCGGUUUCAUUGUGGGCGCGAAUAUCUUGGCUGGCGGGGCGUUUGAUGGCGCAUCAAUGAACCCUGCAGUCUCCUUCGGCCCUGCAGUGGUCAGCUGGACAUGGACUUGCCACUGGGUUUACUGGCUCGGCCCUCUUGUCGGUGCAGCCAUUGCAGCCCUGGUUUAUGACAACAUCUUCAUUGGCACCCAUCAUCAUGAGCAGCUCCCUAUUGCAGACUAUUAAGCACAGAAGAAAGAUUAGAUUUGCCUUUCUGUUUUUCCCUGCAAUCUUUGUUGUUUUGUUUUUCCUUUCUGUUCCCCUCUGUUUUAUAUGGGGCAUUCUGCAUUGUUCUAAUGAAUUUGGGAAGAAAUAAAUAAUGUAUGAUCAUGAA